AUGUCGACGGCCCUGGCCACGGGCACCAACACUGCAGCCAACACGGGCCAAGGGUCGUGUCUGAACCACACCAAGCCAAGCCAUUUCUACGGAAACGUUACCCUGGACGACUACGACUGGGCCUCCGGCAACAUCACCAACUACAUCAUCAAGAUCAUCCUUGAAGAAGUCUUGGGAUACAGCGUCUCGAUGGUGACAUGCCCAUCGUGUUCGGUCUACAACUGGGAUGGUCUGUCCAAUGGGACGGUUAUGGCCUCGCUAGAGGUCUGGGUGGAUGCCAGUCCCAUCCGUCAGCAGAUUCUUCAAAACAGAAGUACCGGCGCUGACCGAACCAUCGAAGAUGCUGGCCCCUCCGGGGUUCUGACUCAAGUCGGCUGGUUCACGCAAAAAUUCGCCCUCGACCUCUAUCCUGAGCUGGCUUCCUAUCGGGGGCUCAAAGCCAACCACAGCGCGUACCGCUAUGCUGUUCCGCAAAACCUUUGGGCUCAGAGCGAAGCCAACCUCAUAAAUGCCGUGACGGUUCUGACGAGCCACAACAUCCCGGCGCUAUUCGCACUCUAUGUUCCUCAUGCAUUUUUCAACUAUUAUAGUGUUUAUUCGGAUUCCCGAUUCAAGUUCGAGCGCGUUUCUUUGCCAACACUCGUCGCCGGGGUCUGUGAUGUCAACUGCGCUGACUAUAGCCAAAUCGUCGUUCAGAAGCUAAUCAACGCCAACCUGAGAACGACUAGUCAAGAGCUCUACUGGUUCUUCCGCCAGAUAUCCCUGACCACCGACGACAUUACCAAUGUCAUCAGCUGGAAUCAGUACGAAAACAUGAGCGAUCGCGAUGCUGCCUGUCGCUGGGUGCAAGAGAACAACAAUUCGUGGAGCAAGUGGAUUUGGUUUCGGAACUGCGAUAACGACUGCUCCAACCAUGGAUAUUGCGAGUUUUCGCAGUGUUACUGUGAUCACGGGUGGACAGGAUCAAACUGUGGCGUCAGUGAAGAUGUAUUCGAGAUCCCGCUCUUCGCGUUCAUGGGCGCCGACGCUGUGGCACUGGUGACAGUGUAUUUGUACCUGCGACACAAGAAUCCGUAUGGACACAACACCUUUGUCUUUACCAUCGGGAUCACCUUGCUCAAAGCAAUGGCUGAUAUAAUGUUCUGGGUUCGAUAUGCUGGAUUUAGUGGUUCGGUGAAGGAAGAUUGGUAUUUUAUUGUUGGUAUUACCACCCUUGCGGCUCCCACUUUUAUGUCCUUGAUUGGAAUUAUCAUCACCAUUCGAAACGCAAGGAAGCUGGAGGACUUUGAGGAAUACUACAACCACUCCCCGUUUACUGUUCAAGCCUUUACACUCCUGUCGUCCUUGAACCCAAACAUUAUUUUGAUCCUGACUUCCAAUAUCAUGAUGAUGGAUCGAUACAAUGCACCGCUCAAAAAGGCGUUCAGGAAGAACAUCAAGGAGAUCCUGGAUUAA